AAUUUUUUGUAGGCUUAACCAGUAACAAAUAUUUGAAACCGGUUCCUGAGCUUACAGUUUAAAUUGGCAAAGCUGAAUUAGAAGUCAUGAAGAUUUUGGAAGUCGUGCUUUUUCUUGCGGUAACAUUACCGCAAAUUAACAGAAUUUCGGGAACAGUUCCAGGACGUUGUCAAGACGAAAGUUGGGCACUCUUUGAAGGGAAGUGUUAUAAAGCAUUUGGUCCCGCUGUUAGUUUGGGCGGCGAACGAAAUCACAUUGCUGCAAGGGAUUUUUGUGUCUCACUUGACGGCUAUCUUGUUAGCAUCAAUUCAGAAACAGAACAGUCAUUCGUUAACAAAUUAAUGCCCUCGGGUAUUUCAUAUUGGAUUGGAUUAUUUUCAAUCGAAACAGUUCAGACACGAACAGCCGGCUGGCAAUGGGCCGAUGGAACAGUUUUCUCUUACACACAUUGGGGGUUUAAUGAGCCCAAUAGCAACAGCGAGAGAUGCGUGGAAACUAUAUCAACACCAAACAUAUGGAACGAUCACUUUUGUACCUAUGAAAAAUCAUUUGUCUGUGAAGUAGUUGCUGAACCUGUCACUUGUUCUGAUAUAUCCUUUCCUGAUCCUAAUGGAAUGAUAACCGAUUGUCAAAACAGCAAUGAACCUCCGGCCGGUACGGUAUGCCGAUAUGUUUGUUAUCCAGAAUAUGUAUUGGAAGGUGAUGAAACUCGAACAUGUCAGGAGGAUGGAUCAUGGAGCGGCACUGAUGAUCACUCGUGUAAAGUUGUUACUUGUCAAGCGCUGGUGUUUGAUGAUCCCAAUGGUCAAAUCACUGGCUGUGAUAAUGAAAUGGACGCACAAAUUGACACUGUAUGCAAUUUCGAAUGCGAUUCGGGAUAUACGCUAGAAGGUCAAACAUCAAGACGUUGUGAGGAGAAUGGUUUAUGGUCCGGACAAGCAGAGCAGUUUUGCAAAGUUGUCACUUGCUCUGAGCUUUCUUUCGAAGGAACAAUCGAAUGCAUACCAGAAAAUAGCAUUGAAUUCGAUACAGCUUGCGUUUUUUCCUGUCCUUUGGGUAAAGCAAAAAUAUCGGGUGAUGUUAUAAGAUUUUGUCAAGCAGAUGGGCAAUGGUCUGGAAUCAUGCCAGUUUGUGGAGCUCUAAUGUGCUCGUUGCUAACUUUUCCUGCUGGAUCCGUUGUUUGCAAUCCAUCGGACUCAAUUGUUUACGGCACUGUAUGCAGUUUUGAGUGCCCUUCUGGUUACGAGCCUGACGUACCAGGAUUGACAAUGACUUGUGAGGCGGAUCAAGAUUGGUCUGGAAGUAUGCCAACGUCAUGUCAACCUGUUGACUGCGGAUCGUAUCCAGAUGUUCUAAACGGGCAGUCUAUGUGUGAUGGUACAACAUAUCAAAAAACAUGCUUCGCCAUCUGCAAUUUGGGUUACAAAGUGAAAAAUGCGCAAUCCCAGUGCAUGGCUGAUGGACAGUGGGGUGUUCCUGCUCUCGAAUGUUCAAGAAUUAUUUGUUCCGACCUUGAUUUCAACAAUCAACCUGGAAAAAUGACUUGCAAUCCUCCCGGUUUCGGUUACCCGAGUACUUGCAGUUUCAUAUGCUUCGAUGGCUACGAAUUGAAGGGAUCAGAAACAUUAACUUGCCAAAAAGAUGCAAUGUGGGAUGAUAUUGAACCAACAUGUUUAGACGUCUACUGCCCAGCAUUAUCGUUAGAAGGUGGGAUUGUUGAUUGUUCAGACGAAUGGAGUAUUCAAGUGAAUGCACUUUCAAAUGCAAUUUUCCUUUGACACUUUACGGAGAAGAUGAAAUAACAUGUCGGGCUAAUGGACGAUGGUCAAGUCCAGUUCCAGAAUGCAAACUUUUCGAUCCAAAAUGUGACGAUGCUAUGGCACCAAUAAUUUGCGUGGAUAAUUGUGAAACAAAUUCUGAUUGCGAAGAAUCGGAAGUUUGUUGUAAGAGUCCAUGCGGACUAACAUG